UCAGAGCUGGAGAAAUAUCUCCAGCUAGAAGAGGACGACGAGGACGACGAUGGUUUUGAGCCCCUCGUCUGGUGGGCAGCGCGUAAGGCCGAGUUUGCAGCCCUCUCACAGAUGGCCUUCAACGUCCUAUCUAUCCCUGCGAUGUCGUCCGAAUGCGAGAGAGUCUUCAGCCAAGGGAAGCUUACGAUGUCCUCGCAGAGGAGAAUGAAGAGCAGCACUCUCGAGCUCCUU